UUCCCAAACCCGGGAAAGCCGCAACUAUAACGAGGUGCGUCAGUCUUCGUCUGUCAGUUCCAAGUAGUGUAAAUUACGAUCUUGCGACGAAGCAAGCCGUCAAAGACUGUUUGAAACGCGUGUGUUUAAUUGUAUAGUACCAGUUAUCUUCAAUUCCUAAGUCGAAAAGUAUUGCGGUCGAAGAGCGUUACUGUAUUUUUUUGGAAGAUACAAAAUAUUUCUAGACGAAUAAGCCAUGAAUGCUGAAGCGUCUUGCUCCAUCGAGAAAUUCCGGGAGUACGUAAGAAUUCCCACGGUUCAACCAGAACCUGAUUAUGAACCAGCCGUUAACUUCCUAAAAGAAUAUGCUGAUGAAUUGGGACUUGAAUUUGCCGUGGUUACGCCAAUUCCGAAGAAGCCUGUCGUGCGAUUGUCAUGGAUUGGAACGAAUCCAUCCGAUUCUCCUAUCAUGCUCGUUUCGCACGUGGAUGUUGUUCCAGUGUUCCCGGAAUGUUGGUCCUGGGAGCCCUUCGGAGCGCAAAUCGAUCCAGCAACUGGGAACAUUUACGGCAGAGGAACACAGGACAUGAAAUGCGUAGGCAUUCAGUACCUAGAGGCGAUUCGCCGCCUCAAGGCUGACGGACUGGUACUCAAACGAACUUUGCACGCCGUGUUCGUGCCAGACGAGGAAAUUGGCGGAGUUGAUGGAAUGGCCAAGUUCAUCGAAACAGACGAGUUCCGAAAGCUCAACGUUGGCUUUUCGUUGGACGAAGGAUUGGCGAGUCCCACUGAAGUUUAUCCCGUUUAUUACGGAGAACGAUCGCAACAGUGGCUUGAAUUCAUAUUCACCGGUAAUCCCGGCCAUGGCUCGAGAUUUAUUCCUGAUACAGCAGCGGAAAAAAUGGCGAAGUUCAUGGGCUAUUUGAUGGAAUUUCGGGAAGAACAGAAGAAAAUCCUUGAAAGCGACCCUAAUUUGACUGACGGCGACGUCACGUCGACAAACAUUACGAUUCUCAAGGGAGGAGUGCAGCCGAAUGUGGUGCCAGCCGAGCUGAGGAUGACUGUGGACUUCCGGGUGUCGCCGUCGAUGGGAUUGUCGACAUUCCGUUCCCGACUCGACGGCUGGAUGCGCGAUUCCGGCGCUGACGUGCGCUGCGUUCCCGUGUGCGCAUUCGACAGCAGCAGCGUCACGUCGACCGGUUCGGAUAACAAGUUCUGGACUGCGUUUGCUGACACUUGCUCUGCUCUGGGAAUGAAGAUACGACCGCAAAUAUUCCCGGCCGGAACAGAUAGUCGCUAUUUGAGAAGUAUCGGAAUUCCAGCCAUCGGCUUCUCUCCAAUGAUCAAUACCCCGGUUUUGCUGCACGAUCACGACGAGUUUCUGAAUAAAGACGUUUUUCUAAAAGGAAUCGAAAUUUACCGCGCUCUUCUACCAGCCGUGGCCAACGUCGAAACCGACUACCAGGUGAUCCGUGUGCACCCGGAGAAUGACCAGCAAUUGGAGUACCUGACCAACUUGGAGCACCACGGAAACUACGACUUCUGGACCGAUGUCCGUCGCGACUUCGUCGACAUCAUGGUGUCUCCCGAGCAAGCCCAUGUCUUCAAGUCCCAGAUGUUCCUCAAGGGCAUGAAGGCUGAGACAUUCAUCCCCGAUGUCCAGAAGCUCAUGGAUCUGCAGAAGGCUUCCCCAGUUGCUGAAGGUCGUGCCAUGGACUGGACCAGUUACCAUCGUCUUGGAGAUGCAAAGAUCCAUUCCUGGCUCGAUGAUCUGGCUGCAGCAAAUCCCGACACUGUUUCCACCCAAGUCGUUGGCCAAAGUACUCUUGGAAAGGACCUGAAGGUGAUUCGCAUCAACACUGCUGGUUCCCCUCACAAGUUCUGGAUUGAUGGAGGUAUUCAUGCUAGGGAAUGGAUUUCUCCUGCCACCGUGACUUACAUCAUCAAUGAGUUGGUCAACAACUACGAAGCCAACCAGGAACUGGUUGAUGCCUAUGACUGGUACAUUUUGCCGGUGCACAACCCCGACGGUUACGAAUACACCUUCACCGACGAUCGCCUGUGGAGAAAGACUCUGACUGAUCAUGACUCUUUCUGGGGAUGUCUUGGAGCUGAUCCCAACAGGAACUGGGACUUCCACUGGAUGGACAUUGGAGCUAGCCAAGACAAGUGCAGUGAGAUCUUCGCUGGACCCGAACCCUUCAGUGAGCCUUGCUGCUCCGCCAUCCGUGACUUCACCACUGAAUUGAACGCCGAUUCCAGUGUCCUGGGUUACUUCACGUACCACUCCUACUCACAACUCUGGAUGAGCCCUUGGGGAUGGACUGAUGCCCUGCCCCCAACCUACGACGAGCUGACACGCGUUGGAGUCGCCGGCAUGAACGCUUUGACGGCAGUGCACGGAACCGAUUACGAGUUCGGUACCUCCACCAACGUCAUCUAUGCUGCUUCAGGAGCUUCUGAUGAUUGGGCCUACGGGGUUCUCGGAGUUCCAUUCGUUUACACCAUCGAGCUGAGAGACCAGGGCCGUUAUGGGUUCGUCCUGCCUGCCGACCAAAUCAUCCCCUCGGGCGAAGAGACCUUCGCUGGCUUGAAGGUCGCCGCCUUGGAGAUGUUGGUUCUUCCCGCCGGGAAGCACUAAACAAGAACCGACGACGUCACUCGGUCUUAUAAAUGGCAUCUUGUGCUCACACAUUUCCCUUAUUGUUCAAAAUUAUGUCCGUCUUAUUUAUGUCUGCUGUCAAUGAAUUUCAUUGGUCGAUGUUCUGCAAUAGAAAUGAAGAUGACGUCUUCCAGCGACGACGUUAAAUCUAUAAAAAAAAAACAACCACGGAAUUCGUAUUUAUUCACUUAUUCAAUUAAACAAUGGAGA